AGUCGUGGGUUCCCUUUGUGUCGUGGUUAUAGAGAUCGCGUGAAAUCACUUGAAAGAACGUUCGCAGGCGCUGCAGUUCGUUCCGGUAAAAAGUUUGACAGAAUCGGCGUUCAUUUUACAGAUCGAAAAUGCGUCAAAAACAGAAACAACCUAUCAGACUGAUGAAAUGCAAGGCAUAUUCUAGGGAAAUGAUGAUGAGUGCAUACAAGGCAGUGAAAGAUGACCAUUUGCCAGUUGAUAGAGCAGCAAUCAUGUAUGGUGUGCCAAAACAAACACUGAGGGACAGAGUGUUGAACAAAGUCAAGAUCAGCUCAAGGUGGGGAAAAGAUUCAUUAUUCACCCAUGAAGAAGAAGAAUUGCUUGUUAGCCAUCUGGAAGGGUUGGCCCAGGUUGGGUAUGGCAUUAAUCGCUCUCAGUUGAACAUUCUUGCAGGUGAUUUGGCUAUGAAACUGGGUAGACGAUUAACUGACUCCAAACUAAGCAACAACUGGUAUUAUGCCUUCUUGAGACGAUGGACACACAGGCUGAAAGUCAUUAAACCAAGGGGUCUUUCAUCAACAAGAGCAGCCGCUGUCACACAGGAGAAUAUUGACAGCUACUUCAGGGAUUUGGAUGCUAUUCUUACCAAGUACUCCCUGAAGUGUAAGCCACAUCUAAUUUAUAAUCUGGAUGAGACUGGCAUUCAGCCAGAGCAUCGACCAUCAAAGGUUAUCACAGGAGUUUCGUCAAGCAAAACUCAAGCUGUCACCUCUCCGAAUACAGGCACCACAACCAUUGUAGCGUGCGUAAAUGCGGCCGGAACAGCUCUACCCCCUUACUAUGUGUUCAAGGGAAAACGGACAAACGAUGACCUAUUGAAAAAUGCAGCAGUUGGUGCCAACUACGCCAUGUCGGAUUCUGGAUGGGUAAACGGGGAGGUAUUGAUGAAGUACCUUGAAGAACACUUUCUGAAAUUUGUUCAACGAGGAUCAGGUGACAUUUCCCAACCUAUACUGCUCAUAUAUGAUGGCCAUGCUUCACAUGUCUCCAUUGACAUAGUCAACUGGGCAAGAGAGCACAAUGUCAUACUGUUUGUGCUACCCCCACACAGUUCUCAUGCCCUCCAACCAUUGGACAUUACAUGUUUUGGGCCGUUCAAGUCUAUUUUCCACAAUGAAUGCCAUCUAUACAUGGCUAAGCAGAGGGGAAGAGUCAUUACAAAAUAUGACAUAGCUGACUUGUCCGGGAAGGCUUACUUAAAAUCCAUGACACCAGCAACAAUCCAGUCUGGAUUCCGGAAAGCUGGCAUAUCGCCAUUUGAUCCGACAAAAGUACCAGCAGAAAUGAUAGUGCCGUCUAAAUCAUUCCCCAAAAUCAUUCCAGAAUUGCCAAUUAGGACCAUGAAAGAGCUCCUAGAUGAAAAGUUAAUGGAAACAGCUCCAAAAGCCAAACUUGAAAAACCAAAAGCUAAUAAAAAUAAGACACAGGACAUAAAGAAGAAACCAAAAAUGGGUGGAAAGGCCAUUACAGAAGACUGUACAUACUUUCAGCUGCUAGAAUACCAACAACAGAGAGAAGAAAAUAACACAAAAGAAAAAACAAAUAGAUCAAAACAAAAUUUGCACAAAUCACCCCAACCAAGCACAAGCAAAGGAAAUAUCGUGGACUCUGACAUUGAAAGCGAAAUUGAAGACGAAGAUCCAGCUAACAACUGUUGUAUAUGCAAGAAGUUUUCACCGCCAGGAUUGGAUCAGUGUGAUGAACUUGUGAUCGUCAAAUGGGCCCAGUGCACAGCGUGUGGUCAUUGGUGCCAUCUGCGAUUUUGUUCACAGAUCAGAGUAGUGCGCCGGCUAUCUGAUUUCUUCUGUCCGCAUUGUGCUGAAAGAGAGUGUUAA